AUUCGCUGUGUGUGGAUGCUCUUUGGGGAUAAUGUGUGUGUGAAGGAAUGUAGUCGCCAAAAUCAAGAUCCGGAGAAGAAAUGAUGGCCUCACCGCUGGCGGUGAUCCUGCUGGUCACUGGGAUGUUGUCAAUGUCGACUGCCUUCAGCAGACGACUGCUCAAUGACGACGACGAUACCCCGAACGAAUGCUACGCGUACGAAGAUCUCUCCGGGUUGAGGCAGAACGGCUUCGAAUGCGGAGUAGACUUCUGCUGCGGCGACGCUACCAACAAGUACUGCUGUUCCGAUUCCGACCUUGCCAUUUUGGCGCUGGAUAACCCGGACCUGGAGGACUGGGAUGCUGCCGAGAAGGAAAGUAGGAAGAAUAUUGACAUCAAUCCAUAUGACUACAUCAUCCCAGUUGUAUCUGUCACGGCUUUUGCUGUGGUCGUCAUCGUCAUCGUACUCUGUAUUUGUAAUUACAAGAAGAACAGAGGGAUAGUCCACGAUGCUGAUAUGAUCAAGAUGAAAAAGGCUAAGAAAAGCAAAGACAAAAAGGAAAAGAAAAAGUUUAACAAGAGGAAGAAGAAGAAGGCACCUAUUGACGUGGACUUGCAAGUCAAAGAUUCAGACGUACCGCUUCACGAAUCGGGCCAGCCUCAAAUAUACCACAUCAGGUAUCCUGAAGAUGACCCUUACCACCUGCCGCCAUUGCCAAGAAAGUUCCAGGCAUGCCCGCAAGAUGGCGCCAACGGAAACGUCUCGCCAUCAUCGUCUGCUGUUUGGAACAACACUACUCAUCAGGCAGGGGCGCUGCAGAUGUAUGGUGGGGAUCUCUAUGGCGAUGUUGGCAGCCCACCGCCUUAUUCUGUUUCUUUGGCGAGCGGGGGAAAGAUCUAUUCAAAUAGCAACCACAUUGAUAUAAAUUCUAUGCAAUAAAACAUUAAAAUGUGGCGGUAGACUCUAAGGAGUAUUAAUUGUAGGGGCACAUGCAUAUCCGUCACACCAGAACAGAGUGAUUCCGUUAAUUUUUCCGUGGUAAUCUCGUAUGUGCAUCUUAAUAGAAAGUCCCAUGAGCAUAAAUCUAAUCUUGAUAUUUCAUCUGAGCUUGCUGGCGACAAAUUAGUGAUUAUACAGUGUACUUAUAUAAAUAGUGCAGUGAGACGGAGGAACCUCUUUAUUACGAUAUUCGAUAUAUAUCAUAUUCUAAGAUCGAAUACGACAUGAUAGCAUUUCGGCCAAAGUGCUCUUGACUGAAGACCGACCAGCUCGCCUGGACUCCCGAGCCAAUACGUCAUCCUAAACGGGGGAAGGGACGAGGCCUACCCACACGUCCGGAGUGUAAGCACGCCAGGCUAAAGCCACGGUGAAAUUUUACGCUCGGAACCUGAAUGGUAUCUUGCUCUAAUGUCAUCGAAGAUCAAUUUAGGGAUUAGGCGUUUGGUCGAUAGCUCAUCAUCAGAUUAUAUAAACAUGCAUUUCGAUGAUAAUGUAGUUGUUCCUGAUCAAUAUCUGGCUAA